UGACGUUUCGGCCGCGGAGCCCGGCGGGCGCCGGGAGCGGGGCAGGGAGCGCUGGGCAUGAGCGCGGCCGUGCGCGGGGUGCGCGCUGCGGGCGGGGGCCGCUUCGUCUGCGUGCGCUGGGAGGACGGCAGCGAGAGCAGCUACCCCUGCGUCUGGCUGCGGGACAGCUGCCAGUGCCCCCUCUGCUUCCUGCCCUCCGCCGGAGCGCGCCGGCUGCUCCUCGACCACCUGGAUGUCGACAUCGUGGCGAAGCAGGUUGCCCUGGCAGACAGCACAAAGAUCUCUAUUACAUGGCCUGAUGAGCACACAAGUGAAUACGAAGCUGAGUGGUUGAAAAAACGAUGCUUCUCUGAAGAAGCCAGAGCUGUCAUGCGAGCAGAUUUAUUUUUACCAGAACGUCAGUACUGGGGCUCAGACCUUCUGCUUACCAAAAUACCUUUUGAAGAAAUCAUGAGCAAUGAUGAAAGUGCAUACAAGUGGUUGUGCACCCUAAAGAAAGUAGGAAUUGUUCUACUGACAGGAGCUGCUACAAGGCAGGGAGAAUUGAUUAGGCUGGGCAACAGGAUUGGGUUCCUGCGUCUCACAUUUUAUGGACCAACUUGGCAAGUGCAAGACAAAGCAGAUGCUAACAACGUAGCUUAUACAACUGAGAGACUCUGUUUUCACACUGAUUACCCUGUUCUGCAGCAUCCACCUGGGGUUCAGUUCCUUCAUUGUAUAAAGCAAACAGCUGCAGGAGGUGAAAGUGAAGUUGUAGAUGGAUUUAAUGUGUCCAACAAGCUGAAGAAACAAAAUCCUGAGGCAUAUCAGAUCCUGUCCUCUACUGCUGUAGACUAUACUGAUGUUGGGGUGGAUUACUGUGAUUUUGCUGUGCACUGUAAACAAAGGAUUAUAGACACGGAUUCCAGAGGCCAAGCAAUUCGCAUCAAUUUUAAUAAUGCAACAAGAGACACAGUGUUUGAUAUACCAGCUGAAAAAGUGAGGCCAUUUUAUGCAGCUCUAAAGGAAUUUAAUGAUUUAUUGAACAGCGUAGAACACAAGCUUACUUUCAAGAUGAAACCAGGAGACAUACUGACAUUUGAUAACUGGCGUGUGCUUCAUGGUCGCCAGAGCUACCCACCCCGUUCAGAAGUGACACGUCACCUGGAAGGUGCCUAUGCAGACUGGGAUGUAGUCAUGUCAAGGCUCCAGCUCCUUAGGAAAAGGGUCCUGAAUAAGGAUUGAGUUUUCUUCUAACUAGAAUGAUCAAAAUGUUGAUUAUCUAACCUCAAUCACAACAGCAAUAUUAAAAAAAUGAGUCGUCUUUUCAGAAACUGACAUAACUUUUGACAAUAACUUUUGUCAUAGAACCAGGGUAAAGGCUUUGAGCUGACAGAGGUUAGGUUUUGGUGAGAUAUGAGGAAGACAUUCUUUCCUGUGAGGGUGCUGAGGUACUGCAGCAUGUUGCUCAGAAGAACUAUGGCUGCCCAGUCCCUGGAAGUGUUCAAGGCCAGGCUGGGUGGGGUUGCAGCACUCUGGGACUGUGAAAGGUAUCCUUGCUUAUUGCAAAGGGGGUGGAAUGGUAUGGUCUUUAAAGUCUCUUUCAACCCAAACCGUUCUAUGAGUCUGUCAUAAAUAUAUUUUUGAUUUCUAUAAGCUAAGAAACAUUUUGUUCAUAACAAUUUAAGGUUUAUCUGUGGCCUGGUAUUUGAAUCUAGGAAAUAUAUUGCUAUGUCUGUAAGUGUAUGUGCUUUUAUAAAAGCAGUGUGCAAAGUGGCUUGAAAGAUUAUCACUUCGCUGGACUGACUGUGGAUCACAAUGCCUUCCUUCGCCUCUACAUAUCUACCUGCCAUCUUAUAGCAGCAAGAAAAGAAUCAGCUGGCAAUAAGUGUUUGCAAGACAACACCGAAGAAGCUUUUGGGCUGUAUCCAGAGGGUCGUAAAGGACAUGAUUUCACUCAGCUGUCGAAAUCCAGAAGUUGUAAUGCUGUAUUAGCUUUGUGCUGUUCAUGAUACAUCAGCUAACCAGGUGGUGGUCAACAGGUGAAGAAACAGAAAAAAAAUACAUACCCAUUUUACUAUUUGAAAAUG